AUGGCUCCGAAUCACCCCCAACCAUCAUUAUUGUCAUCGUGCACCACCGUAUUCCUUGCAGCACUCCUUGUGAUCCAUUGCUCGCAAUCCAUAGUUAUCUUGGCUCAACCGCUCGCCGAAUAUAAAAUUGCCGACAAUAAUUCCAGUAUAAUUUCCUGGACUGAUAGUAACAACCAGUCGUAUCCUGUAUAUUCUUCAGAUGGAGCUCAAGUAGCGGCCGUUAUCCUGUACCGACAGGCCACCGCUACGAUCUUUGCAUGUGGCUUAUUCUGCAAUCCCUCUGGCACUUCUUGCCUCUUCGGUAUCCUCAUAAUCCCAGCACUGGUUCCGGGUUUUCCCACCAGUGAAUUACACUUGGAUUACCGGCGUCUAGUUUGGUCAGCUAACCGGAAUCAUCCCGUCACGGUUAAUGCAAGUGUGGAACUCAGGCGAGAAGGAGGGUUGUUGUUGACGGACUCUAAUGGAUCCGUGGUUUGGUCCACGCACAGCAAUGGGAGUGGCGUUUCCGGGUUGAAUUUGACGGCAAUUGGGAAUCUUGUCAUUUAUGGCCAAAAGAAUGAAACCAUUUGGCAGUCUUUUGAUCAUCCUACAGACACACUGCUACCUGGGCAAGAAAUUCGAAGCGGACAAACAUUAAAAGCCAGCAUAUCAACAUCAAACUUUGGAGAAGGUUUGUAUUCACUCUACUUUGAUAACGAAUCUGCUCGUGCUUAUGUACAGUCCUCUAAUUUGUACUGGUAUCGAUAUGCGGAUGUGGAAGUAGAUUAUGUUAAAGGGAUAAUUGCUUCCACGCGGUCUCCAAUAUUAGAUCACCAAAUCACCAAGUUUGAGGCUGAUGGGCAUUUGAAUGUGUACGGGUGGUCACCACCUUUUCCGUGGGGGGUUAUUUCCGAUGUUUUUGUACGUUUGAUUGGAGUCAAGAAAUCACAGAAUGUUCUUUAA